AUGGCCACGACCGCGACAUCCAACAGCCUCCCGGCUGCCAGGAAGAACCCCGUGCUGCGACGCACCAUGACCUCGACCACCGCCGAGUCUGACAUGUCGUCUCCCUCCACCGCCGCCGCAUCGCCCGUCGACUCGCCCCGGCACUCGGCUUCCUCCACCUCCCUCUCCUCCAUGUCCUCCAUCGAUGCCACCGGCCAGAAGGUGCAAUACGGCAAGCUGAUCGACACCUACGGAAACGAGUUCGAGGUGCCCGACUACACCAUCAAGGACAUCCGCGAUGCCAUCCCCAAGCACUGCUUUGAGCGCUCAGGCCUGCGUGGCCUCUCGUACGUCUUCCGUGACGCUGCUUGCCUGGCUGCCACCUUCUACCUGUUCCACAACUUCGUCACCCCCGAGAUCAUUCCCUCGACGCCCGUCCGUGCUGUUCUCUGGGGCGUCUACACCUUCAUCCAGGGUCUCUUCGGCACCGGCCUGUGGGUGCUCGCCCACGAGUGUGGCCACGGAGCCUUCUCGCCCUCAAAGCAUUUCAACAACCUCGUUGGUUGGAUUGUUCACUCCUCUCUCCUCGUGCCCUACUUCAGCUGGCAGAUGUCCCAUAGCAAGCACCACAAGGCUACCGGACACAUGGAGCGUGACAUGGUGUUUGUGCCCCGCACCAGGGAGCAACACGCCACCAGGAUCGGCAAGCUUGCCCACGAGCUCGCGGAGCUGACCGAGGAGACGCCGAUCCACACCUUCAUGAUGCUCGUCCUCCAGCAGCUUGUGGGAUGGCCCAACUACUUGAUGACCAACGUCACUGGCCAUGACUGCCACGAGAAGCAGCGCGAAGGUCGCGGCAAGGGCAAGAAGAACGGCUGGGGCAACGGCGUCAACCACUUCAACCCCUCCAGCCCCCUGUAUGAGAACAAGGAUGCCAAGCUCGUGCUGAUGAGCGAUCUCGGUUUGGCCAUCACCAUCUCCGGUCUCGUCUACCUCGGCCAGACAUUUGGCUGGGCGAACAUGGCGGUGUGGUACUUCCUGCCCUAUCUCUGGGUGAACCACUGGCUUGUGGCGAUCACUUAUCUUCAGCACACCGACCCAACCCUGCCUCACUACACUCCAGAGGAGUGGAACUUCGUACGUGGUGCCGCCGCUACCAUCGAUCGUGAGUUUGGCUUCAUCGGUCGCUCUCUCUUCCACGGCAUCAUCGAGACCCAUGUCCUGCACCACUACAUCAGCACGAUCCCCUUCUACCAUGCCGACGAGGCAAGCGAGGCGAUCAAGCCGGUCAUGGGCAAGCACUACCGCUCCGAUGUGACCGAUGGCGCUGUUGGCUUCAUCAAGGCUCUCUACAAGAGCGCACGCAUGUGCCAGUGGGUUGAGCCCAGCGAGCAGGCUGUCGGCAAUGGAAAGGGCGUCUUGUUCUUCCGCAACCGCAACGGCUUGGGCACCAAGCCCACUAAGAUGGCACCGCCAUCAUAG